GGGCGCCCCCUGGCGGCGCCUCGGGCCCGCAUUUCCCAUCAGCCCCCGCGGGCGGGCACGUGACCGGGGCGGGCGGAAGAUGGCGGAGCCGCCCGGGGCCGCGGCCGAGGACUCGUGGGGCAAGGUGGACACCGCCUACGGUGACAACGGCCUGGACUCGGCGCUGCUCGGGGACUGCGCCCGCAAGGGGAGCGUCGUGUCCCGUGCCAACAGCAUCGGCUCCACCAGCGCCUCGUCCGUCCCCAACACGGACGAUGAGGACAGCGACUACCACCAGGAGCCCUACAAGGAGUCCUACAAGGACCAGCGCAGGCGGGCGCACACGCAGGCAGAGCAGAAGAGGCGAGAUGCCAUCAAGAAAGGCUACGACGACUUGCAGGCCAUCGUCCCCACCUGCCAGCAGCAGGACUUCUCCAUCGGCUCCCAGAAGCUGAGCAAGGCCAUCGUCCUCCAGAAAACCAUCGACUACAUCCAGUUCCUGCACAAGGAAAAGAAGAAGCAAGAAGAGGAAGUUUCUAUUCUCAGGAAAGAGGUGAUGGCCCUGAAGAUCAUGAAAGUGAACUACGAGCAGAUCGUGAAAGCUCACCAGGACAACCCGAACGAGGGGAAGGACCAGAUCUCCGACCAGAUGAAGUUCAACGUUUUCCAGGGCGUCAUGGAUUCCCUCUUCCAGUCCUUCAACGCCUCCAUCUCAGUCACCAGCUUCCAGGAGCUCUCGGCCUGCGUCUUCAGCUGGAUCGAGGAGCACUGCAAGCCCCAGACGCUCCGGGACAUCGUCAUCGGGGUCCUGCACCAACUGAAGAGCCAGCUGUACUGAGCCUUCCCUCACCAGCAGCUCCGGGGCUGCCGCCUCCUCGGCCCCUGCCGGAGCUGGGCGCCACUGGGAGAGGCCGGGCCAUGCCCCUCGGGGCUGUUCCUGAAACUUCUCCGUUUAUUUAUUGUGACUGCAAAACCGAAACCAGGCUGUGCGCGCAUCUCUGCUCCACAGGUACUGGCACAGCUGACGUUACCAAGUACUUCUAGGGACUUAGCAAAGGGAAAAGGGAAAAAAAAGUGUUUUGAAUGUGUCUUGGCAGCCAGCAGAGAGUCCUUAGCUCAGGCAGGCGCGUGGUGGUUGGGUUUGCCUGUGCCACUGACUCUCCACAGCCACAGCCGGGCUGGCAGGACAGCUCUGCUCUGGGCUAAAAACCCUUCUGCCCCUGGGAAAUGAAAAAAGCAUGCUAAAAGCUGUUGUAACACAGAUUAGGAGGGUUCCACAGCUGUAGGCUCUCCCUCCCUCCCUCUGAAGCAGCUCCUAGGAGGACAAGAGGCUGUCCUGGGCUUGCGGAGAUGCUUUGGGGAGCUGCAGGAAGGAUCAGCCCCUCACUGCCAGGGCCGUGCUCGCAGGGAGCACACCGGGGCCUCGCUGUCCUGACCUCUCUUUGCAGCCAUAAAAGCCCAGAAGGGAGCAGACUUUCUUUGCAGUCUUUUCCUGCUUGUGCUCGUUGAGAUGUGCCUGGCUUCAUCGCGCUUCGGGUCGUGACGUGGCCGUGCUGACCAGGGAAGUAGUGCAGUAGCCGCAGCCCCGCGCUGCCGGGAGCUCUCACUGCUCCUCCUUAGAACCAUAGGAUUUUUUUUAUAUGUAUAUACGCAUAACCAGCCUUGAUUUUAUUUUAUAAAUCACUGAAAUCAUUGUGAAGCCCUCUCGGUGUCAGCUUUGCAGACAGAUCCUUGCUGGGACAGUGACCGUGACCCCCACAGAUGGGGUGGAGCAGUGCAGGAGCCGUUUGCUGCUCUGGGGGUUUUUGGACCCCCUCCACAGCAGCGAUGCCUGCAGCAGGGUCUGGUCUCACUCAUCACCUUCUUGCUACCCCUCCAGCAGCUAUUUUAGGGCGGUUUUCCCUCUUUAAUGCUGUUUCCCAGCUCCACGUUGUUUUUCGGGAUGCUGCAGCUUGAGCUUGGUUAAGCUGCUCCUACCUGAUGCGAGAGGAACUCUUUUGGGGAUUAAUUUUUAUGCGAGAUUCUUCCCCAGCCCCCUUUUUUUGGGUGUUCUUUUCAAUUCAAAGCAGUGGAAGCCCCCGAGGAGCUGAGCCUGGGGGUGAUGCCUGGAGUUGGUAACGUGGGGCAGCCGUGUCCCUGGAGGGGUUGCUUGGUGAGGAAGGAAAACGCUGCUGGGGGCUGAGAGCCUCUGCCAGAAGCAGCCCCCCCACCUCGUGAGGAGGACGGGGGCUUUUACAGACCUGCCGUUAUUUUUCUAUGACGAGAAGUAAUGAAAUAAAUUGUGCUGAAUGUUUUAAUGACA